UGUUCCAAAACUAUAACCAAAGAAUCAUCACUACAUUGAUUCAAAAAUAUAAUUCGAACACCGAGAUGCAUUUUCCAAUUAUUCUUUCAAUUUUUAUUAUUUGUGCAUCUUUACAGAUAAAUGCAAAACCAAUAGAUUCUCAAAUCUUAGCUGAUCUGGUUAAAAAGAGCAAAGAACUUAAAAAUAAUUUCGCUCAAACUUUAGAGAAUCAAACGGCGAGAAGUGAUGUCAACUCAGAAGAUCUCAAAUUGAUAAAUGAAAUGUAUGAUCUUUCAGCAAGAGUCGAAGAAAUUAUUUCUAGUAAACUGGAAACGAAUCCAAAACCAGUAGAUGCCAAAGAGUUGGCAGAUUUGCUUGGUAAAAACGCUGAAAUUAAACGUGAUGCCGCAACAAAUGUACAAAAGAGAGUCGAUAAUCAUAAAACUACACCGAAAGACUGGGAACUGGUAGGUACGGUGUUGGAUCUGUCAAAAACAGUAAGAGAAGUUAUCGCUUUUGUAAUAGAAAGUCAAUUGGAUGCUCUGGAUACUCCCACACCAGAACCACAUGAUCCUAAGCGUGAUGUAGAACCGAUAGAUGAAGAUUACAUUCCUAUUGGAAGAGAACCUCCAAAAAAAUAUAGAUUAUAAAUGAAUGUUACUAGAUAUAACAAUGUAAUUCAAUAAAUAUUCAAGUAAAACCUUUUAUUCAAAAAUUA